UUGCAGUUGGGCAAUCAUGCUACAACAUUAAUUACAUCAUUGGGCAGGAAUGGGAGAUGGGCGUUAUAGUGUGGAUAAGUUGAAAGCAUUAUUUGAUUACGAUGACAAUUACGCCUCAGCGAAAGAAAGAAUAUCUAACACAUGCUGUUUAAUAAUUGAUGAAAUAAGUAUGUUGUCCAGAAGAACUUUUGAAUUAGUAGAAAACGUUUGCAGACAUGUCAAGAAUAACAACCUAUGUUUUGGUGGAUUACAGAUAAUUGGUUGUGGGGAUUUUAAGCAACUGCCCCCUGUACCAAACAAGUAUGUGGAUGAUGACAAAGACUAUUGUUUUACUAGUCAGUUGUUCGACAUAGCAUUUCCACACCAUGUUAAUCUAACAAAGGUAUUUAAAGAAGUUGACAUCAUCAUGUCCUUUUUCAUUAUUACUAAAGUUAUUAAUGAAUGACUAUAAAUUGCUAUAAAGCAUCUUCACUUUUUGCUGUAUAUGGC